CUUCUGUUAGAAACACUGAAGCAAAGAUUGCCAAGAUUAUCAAGUAAGUUGAUGUCUGUUGGAAGUUCAUCUAACAAUAGAGUAUAAAUGCUCUACAUCUAUCAUAUUCGAUCCUUUUAAAAUAAGCUCUAGUCAUCAGGCUCUCAUUUUUAUCAAUAUUAAAAAGGUUCUUUUAGAAAUAUAAACCAUUUAACUGGCAUUCGGAUAACCUUAUUUUCAGAAAGUAGCAAGCUCUUAUCUGUCUACAGCAAAAGCCUUAAAAUUUACUGUGUAGAGAGUCUUUUUAAUACCUCUUAUAUCUUGAGUAUCUGGACGCUACUCGAGACCUCAAUCUUAGUAAAGAGCAAAGAAGAUGAAUACAAUAGAUGAAGAGAUCUCUACUUUAGCAUUUUUUCAGAUGAAAUAAAGACCAAACCAUUAGAUUGUUGUUCUAAAAAUGAACCUGAAAAGUCUGAUUUCUAUUUUUGGUUCGAUACUUCUUGCUAUAUUAAAUAUGUUAAGGAACUGUAUCCUCUCAAAUUCUUUGAUACUCACAAAAUUCGUUUGUGCAACAUAAGAUCUAAGAACAAGCAUAUUUCCAACUUUCUCAAGCACUCUUUCUCGAAUAAAGUAAACACUGUUUGGACUGUUUCAAUGGAUACUGAGAAGAUCAACAAUUCCAAGAAUUUCAAGUCAAUCAUAGGUCUUAGCUCAUUAGCCUUGAAGGAGGCUGGAUUUGCCACUUUUAUGUUCAACAGCUAUCAGCUAAAGAGGUUGAUUGCCUCUUUCAGACAUGUGAAAUCUUUAAAUAUAAACUCUUGUAAACUCUCUAUCCCAAAGCCUCUUGAUUUCUCGAGCUCCUUGAAAAACUCCAAUAUCACCUCAUUAAGCUUUAUUGGCUCAGGAAAUAGACACAAAAGUGAUUGGAACAGCAACCUUGAUCAAUUCAUCAAUCUAAUCAAAGGACUGGGCUCAUCCCCAGAUCUAUCAAAAUCUCUUCAAGAAAUAAACAUCGGAUCCUGGGGACUUGGCAACACCGAAGCCCAACAAAUCUUCACUCUAAACAAUCUGAACAAUGUUAAAAUCAAAUUCCGGUUCUAAAAUCCCCCUAAGCUGAUCUAGCCCCAGCCUUCUUUCUCCCUAAACAUCUA